CCACCUCACGGGAGACCUGCAUAUGUGAGGGAGUGGCCACCUGCUCAGUGUGAGAGUCAAACUGUCAGGCCCGGACUGUCCGCGAGGAAUAACACCUUCUGUCAAGCUUUUAUUCUUAGAGGAAUCAAACCAGAAGCAGCGCCACGUACUUCAAAUCCAUGGAUGGAUGUCUCCCCCCCCCCCGAGAAUUCAUCUUAAACUUCACCCUCCUCCAUCCCCUCUUGUCAGGCCUCCCACACCCAGGUGAUGGUGCAACAUGCCGGCCACGCUGCACGCUUCAUCUUCUCCCUCUUUCCCUUUCUCACCAAACGCACACACACACACACACACACACAAACACACCCACACAGCCCUGCUGGUGGAAUUCAUGGCCUCAGGCUAACAAAACACAACCUCGUCCAACAGCGGGGAACUAACACAGCUCAGCUCCCCCUCGCAGCAGACUGACAGCACGGAGCUCUCCAUUUAUGAGAAAACACGUUAUGGUGCUUUUCUGACGGACGCUAUUGUGAGGUGGGUGACUGACAGAAUGAUCUGCUCUCACUCUGUUUGCUGAGUCAACAUGCCAUCAGAUGUUUGAUUGACAGGGCAGAAUAUUAGUGUGAUGACUGGAGAGACUCAUGUUUUGGGGGCUUAAGGUGGGAGCAGCUCUGGAUUUAUUUCCCUGAUUUCUUUAUUUGAUGCAUCAGUUGGUUGCUGCCCUUCUCUUUGCUACAUGUAAGCUGAAGUUCAAUCAAAGUGUGGGCAGGCUUUCAUCAGUAUUAGUUGACCAUUUCCAGGUGUGUAGUUGUGAUUGUGUCUGUGUGUUCAGGUUUUUAUGAUGUAUAUAGGUGUCCGUCAUCAUGUUUGUUUAAAGCUAAGAGGUCAGAGAAGGAUCUCUGGCUGGGGGGUAUUUUUUGAGGUAUUCAUGUCUUAAAGAAAUAGAUAUUUUGGAAAAAUGCUCAUCUAAUCUAAGAGUUCGACAAGAAGAUUUGAUACUACUCUCAAUUCUGGCUGUAGGGUAAAUAUGUAGCUGGAGCUAGCAGCCUGUUAGCAUAGCUUAGCACAAAGACUGGAAACAAGGGGAAACAGCUAGUCUGGCUCUGUCCAAAGGUAACAAAAUAAAUCCACCUAGCAGUCCCUUUAUAGCAAACAAGCCGGAGUGUAAAGCAGGAAGUCACUGCGCUCGGCCCAGAGAAAUCCCCCCUUUGUCCGUAUUAAACAAACAAAGAUACAGCUUAUUAGAUUUUGAGCUUUAGAGGCGCUAGUAGGCAGAUAAAUAUGAGGAAUGAGUCCUAAAACCUUCCGGUUCCAGUGUCUCAAAGUCAAUGUUGUUGUUUUUUCAAUGGCAAAGUCAUACGACAAACGUUUUACUUUGCAUUUAUGCUUGAAAAAUCAUAAAAGUGGUGUUCAUCUGUGAAGGUUAUGCUGAACAAAACGUGUAAGUAGUGCUUAUUUUCUGCAAUAAUUCAAAAUCCCAUUGGUUUUUUGUGGAGGGGAACCAAUGCGAAGCCAAUUUCUGGGUUUGGCCUACAAAAAUACAUAAAGCCUGCAGCACUCUAUUGUUACCUUUUAGGCAGAGCUGGCUGUUUCCAGUCUAUAUGCUCGAUAGCUUAAUAUUAAACAGACAGAUAUGAUAUACAAUUCUUCUCAAAAUGUCAAAUGAUUCCUUCAAGAAGGGCAGAUGAGCUACUUCCCUGCAACACUGAGAUGUUUUUCCACCUCAGAUUCUUGCGAGUAGGACAAAUCAACACAGGUUGCAUAACGGCCCACAGCUAAGAAGUUACUACACGAGUUGGUUAGUCAUCAUGCUGUUUGAUUUCGAACAGAUUUAGGCGUUGUUUCGCUUUACGACACCGUCCUUGUCAGUCUGUAAACGGGUAGUUUUAACUUUAAACACUGCAUAUUCAAUUUUUGGAGUUUUCUUUGUGGAUGAAGAGUAUACAAGGCUCCGCACUGUCACCAUUUUUCUUUAUGAAUCACUCAAGCCCUCACUUGCAAUCAUAGUCAGGAAGGAAUGUAAUUAGCAGAUCUCAGAAUCAAAUGAUGUGAGUCAUGGACACCACAUGGCACAAGAUCACAGCAUGAAUGUGAAUCGUAGCAUGACUGUAGUACUAUGAUGAAGCAAGUCACAGAACAGGGUGUACUCUUUUGUUGAAGAGAAAAACAGCACCUUAUUAUGUGAAACAGAUUUUACUCUUCCUUGUUUCUAAUUUGUCUACUUCAGGGUUGAAGAUUGCAACCAGUUUAAGGACCCCUAACGCUUCACGACUCAUUUCAAAUCUUAAUUAAACUUUUCUUUCCGUUGUCCGUCUAAAGAUUGAUGAUAUGAUGCUGCCGACCCACUCGUGAGAAUGUAUGAGGUGAUGUCCGGUGACACCCUGUCCUGGAAGGUGGCCAGUCCAAGACAAAGCGUCACGAGCAGCCCCGAAUCGCAAUCCACUGGAGACGGAGGGCCAGUCAAGAUCCUCAAAGUGUGCUUCUCCACCAACAACAACGUGGGCAAGAACUUCAAGCUGGUUAAAUGUGACAGCUCCUGGCAAAUUAGGGCUAUCAUUCGGUCGAUUCUGAUCUGUGGUCGAUUGGGGCCGAACAUCAAACACGCAGCAUGCUACGGUCUCCUGCUGAAGCACCUGAAGUCAGAAGAACUUCACUGGCUGCAUCCAGAUAUGACUGUUGGGGAGGUGGAGCAACGCUACGAGAGCCAACACGUGGAAGCUGAGUGGAGGUAUGACCUUCGUAUCAGAUACGUUCCCGUCAAUUUCUUGGAAAAAUUCAAAGAUGACAGAUCUACGUUAGUGUUUUUUUACCAACAGGUGCGUAGUGAUUACAUGCAGUAUCAUGCCUCUAAGGUCAGUGAGGGGAUGGCGCUGCAGCUCGGUUGUUUGGAGAUCAGGAGGUUCUACAAAGACAUGAAUGCAAAAGGUCUGGAGAAGAAGUCCAACUUUGAGCUGCUAGAAAAAGAGGUGGGCCUGGACCUCUUCUUUCCUCAACAGCUGAUUAACAGCAUGAAGUCAAGGCACCUACGGAAGUUGAUCCAGCAAACGUUUCAACAGUACUCAACACUCAAGGAGGAGGACUGCAUGAACAAGUUUUUCGAGAAGCUCAAAGAGGUCAGCAGCUACGAUGAAGAGGUUUUCCCAUGUGAACUAGUGCAAGGUUGGAGUCUAGCAGUGGAGCUGGUCAUCGGUGGGAGGGGGAUUCGCCAACGCACACAGAAGAAUUCAGCGCCGGUUUUUCUAGCCGACUUCAAACAGAUCAAGAAAAUACAAUGCUUAUCUCAGAGCGAUGGGAAGGCUCUCUUAGACCUCAACGUAGAGGGAGCCAGACAACGGCUGUCGAUCAAUGUGGCCACAGUCCCUAUGGCAGAGAACAUGAUGGACCUUAUUGAUGGCUACUGCCGCUUGGAAAAUGACACGGAUGAAACUGUUAUCUACCGACCAAAUAAAGAUGCCAAUGUGCAGAGUGCCCUACCUGAGAUUCCCACAGAAAGAGACACCAGCUCGACCAGACACAGUAUGGGGUCGGAUAUCUAUUGUGAGAUUCUCGAUGAAAGGCCGAGAUCAGUUGUUAAGUACGGGAUUGACCGAAGUGACAUUGUUCUGGGCCGAAUCCUUGGUUCGGGUUUUUUUGGGGAAGUCUACGAUGGAGUUUACAAAAAAGAUAGUGGCGAGAGGGUUAAUGUGGCAGUGAAGACCUGCAAAGACUGUUCACCUGAUGUGAUGGAGAAGUUCAUGAGUGAAGCAGUAAUUAUGAAGAACCUCAAUCAUCAGCACAUCGUCAAACUGAUCGGAAUCAUAGAGGACGAUCCUGUGUGGAUAGUCAUGGAGCUUUAUCAGCAUGGAGAGCUUGGGAACUACCUAUCGGAGAACCAGAAUACGAUGACAAAUAUAACUCUGGUGCUGUACAGCCUGCAGAUCUGCAAGGCUCUCGUCUACCUCGAAGGGGUCAACAUGGUACACAGAGACAUUGCUGUGCGGAACAUCUUAGUCGCCAGUCCAGACUGUGUGAAGCUCGGAGACUUCGGUCUGUCGAGAUACAUUGAGGACGAAGAAUACUACAAAGCAUCUGUUACUCGGUUGCCAAUCAAGUGGAUGGCUCCAGAAUCCAUCAACUUCAGACGUUUCACCACCGCCAGUGAUGUCUGGAUGUUUGCUGUAUGUAUCUGGGAGAUAAUGAGUUGUGGACAGCAGCCGUUCUUCUGGCUCGAGAACAGAGACGUCAUCAACCAACUGGAGCAGGGAAUCAGGCUGCCCAAGCCAGACAACUGCCCUCCUGCCCUCUACUCACUCAUGACCCGCUGCUGGUCCUACGAUCCCAGAGAGAGACCCAGCUUCACCGAGCUGGUGGUGAAGAUCAGUGAUGUCCACAAGAUGGAGGAGGAGCAGGAAGUGGAGAGAGAGAGGGACAGAACACGCUCCACCAAAAUCUUCGACACCAAGUUCAACUUCAACGAACCUCCUCCCAAGCCUUCAAGAAUGAAACCAGGGCGGUUCGGGAACACGCUCAGUAUUGGUCUACGCAUUCAGCUGAACGAGGCUCUGUGUGCCAGCUCACCCGACCUGGCCAGCCCAUGUGAAUACCAGUCCCCCGUCGACUCCAUGCACACUAUUGGGUUGCCAGCCAUCAGGUCCCCUCGGCGUCGCAGCAUAGGGGAGGGCGAGUUUUUCCGAGUGGAAGCAAACAGCAGGGAGGAAGCCACGCGCCUGUGGCAGAAGGAGAGACGGCACAUGCAGAACACUCUCCGCCGGCAAAAAGAGCAGAUGAUGGAGGAUGAAAAGUGGCUGGAGAAGGAGGAGAGACUCCUGGUGGGAAACAGAGCAUCAUUAACUUGUGUCAACCCCCUCUCUGUGUCUCUGUGUCCCCCCACUCUGUUGAAUGUGGCCCUGGAGGCUAUGUGGAACGAGGCAUCGUUAAACAACACCAACCCACUUGUCCACUCUCGACGCCCUGCUAGCCUUAAAUUGAAUGUUCCCCUGAUAACAGUUCCAAAGAGCGGGUCCAUGACCAUAUUGUAUAAAAUUAACCUGCCUGUUCUUUUGCAGGACCCCAUGGGACCAGAAGACGCUGCCGGCCCAGCGUCCCCUGAAGGUGACGCAGAACAUUCACCUCCAGAGAAGCCCCCAAGGCUCACAGCACAGCCUGCGCCCACAGCUGAGCUGGACCGCUCUGACGACAAGGUGUACCAAUACGUCAUGGACCUGGUCAAAGUUGUUGUCCAACUCAAGAACGACAUCAUAGAGGUGCCACCGGAAAAAUACAUCACCGUUGUCCAGUCUGUUGGGAUGGCUUUACGAGAUCUGAUUCGCAGUGUGGAUGACAUACUGCCCACCUUACACGAGUCAGUCAGGACUGAGAUCGAGGGCACCCAGAAGCUGCUGAACAACGACAUGGCGGAGCUGAUCAGCAAAAUGCGGCUGGCCCAGCAGAAUUCCAUCACCACUUUGAAGGAGGAGUGUAAGAAACAGAUGCUGGCUGCAGCACACAAUCUGGCUAUGGACAGUAAGAACAUGUUAGAUGCUGUGGACCAAGCCAGAGUCAGGGCCAACUUAGCCAAGCCAGUGGCCCCCUAGUGGACUGUAAGCUCUCCCAUUCAAGCUAACGAUUCACAUCUGUCAGUCGGAAAUAACAUUUGCACAAAAUUGAGCAUUUUUGUUGUGAUCAAACUGCUUAAAUUAAGGCUUUGUCAAUCCUCAUCAUACCUGUAAAUGUGUGUUGUUAAAGCAGGGGUGCUGAAGUUUUGUCUCCCCCUUCUGGCAAUGAGAGUAACAUACACAAACACUGUCAGCGCUGCGUAUGAUGCAUGUCUGCAGGUGAACUUGCAGCAUCUCCCACGGCUCCAGGAGUGUCUAUCCUCAACAUCGAUGUUUUUUGUUUUUUUUUACUUAAAUUCUUCCUCCACACUUUUUUUUUUAUCUGGGGAUUCACUACAGAAACUUGUCUUGGCCACUUCUUAUGCUGCUUCUUAUUCUCACCAAACGCGUCACGAAUUCAUCGCGCCGCAUAUUCGCGUCCAUCGCGCCGCGCCAUCGCAAAUUCGCGCCGCUCCAGUCUCAUGGCG